AAUUCCAAUAAAAAAAUGUUAAAAGACGAUUUUUCACCACUUUAUUUGUGUAAUUUUAAUGAUAAUUCAACAGAAAAUGAUUUCCCAAAAACCGAACUCAAAGAACUCUGGUCAUGCAAAUGGGAUUUCCAAAAAUUCGAAAAGAUUCUCCAGAAUUUCUUAAAAUCCAAUGACAACACUGAAGAUGAUGUGCACGAGGAAUUCCUUUCAUCAAUUUCAUUAAUUCUUGCAUUUGUACAAAAUAAUUUCACAGGUUCCUUUGAAAAUUUAGAAAAAUUCAAAGAAAUAACAAAGAAAACGUUUCCAAACGAUUUCGAAGCGGUAAAGAAAUUAAUGGUCAAUGGAGAAGAGAUAAAUCCAAAUGUACAAAUUCCAGAGUUUCUUUAUAUUGCAGAGGAACUCUUGAAGAAUGUUUUGGAGAAAUGUCCAAACUCUGUUAUUGCAAAUUGGUGGAAGUUGCGUGUCAUUUGUGUUCAUCAAAACAUUCUCGAUGAUCUAACAAGUGAUUUAUAUGAAGAUCUUAAGAAGACAUGCGAAUUCCUUCUUACCCAGGUGAAAACAUUGAAUGACAUUGAAUUAGAGUCUUUGUUGUAUCUGGAGAUAGCAUAUGGCUAUCUUCUAUUCCAUCGAACACAAAAGUGCGAAGAAGUCUUGAAUACUUUGUGUUCUAUGCUCGAAGUUGAACUUAAUGUUGAAGGUCUUCUCGGUCUCAGGACCAAAUUCCAACAGAAAGCCCUGCCACAACUUUGUCUCAAAGUCAAACAAAACAAGGAACUUAAAGUUCCUACAUCUUCUACUUCGAAUGGUUCCACUAAUCUCCCUAAACUGCUUAAACUCGACGAUGACACGAGGCUGGAAAAGAUUCGUUUCCUGAACGUGGAAGAUAACAAUGUCAUGUCCCUGCCCAGUAUACUUCAAGCAGUUGUCUUGGCUAAAGUAAAACACGUGAAGCGUUCCCAACCUACCGACCGUUUGGCCGAGGAAGAAAUCGAACCCUACAUCAACACUCUUCUCUAUCAAGACCAUGGUCCACUUGCAGUUCGUUUGGCUACACUCCUUCUAAACAUCAGUCAGGAAUGUAAACAAAAUCGUACCGUUGAAAGGAGUCUAAAGCAAUGUGAAGAAGUUGUCAAUGUGAUAAAUGGAAGCGCCUUUACUCUCCCUCAGAGGUUGUCCUAUGGGUUUGCAUCGUUUAUUCUUCCAAAAUGGGAAGUCCAAAAGCAAUUGGGUGAAUUGAUGGUAAGUCUGGGAAUGACCAAGUCAGCACUAGACCUUUAUCUCCAGAUACAAGCUUGGGAAGAGGUUAUUAAGUGCUAUACAAAGCUAGACCUACGCCACAAAGCAGCUGAAAUUGUUCGCCAAGAGCUGGAAAAGAAACCCACUGUUCUUCUCUAUUGUCUCCUUGGAGAUGCAACAGAUGACGUCAAAUGUUAUGAAACUGCUUGGGAAUUUAGUAAACAUACAAGUGCCAAGGCACAAGCUCAUUGGGGAAGUUAUUUCUUUGCCCGAAAAGAGUAUGACAAAGCAUUACCACAUUUUGAAAAAUCCGUGGAAAUCAACUCGUUGCAAGAAAGAAUAUGGUUGCGAUUGGGUUAUUCAGCAAUUUCCUUGGAAAAAUGGGAAAUUGCCGUUCAUGCUUAUAUCACUUAUACUCAUCUUGAACCUUUGGGUUAUGAGUCGUGGAAUAAUCUAGCAAAGGCAUUAAUUAAACUUGGAGAUAAGAAACGUGCUCAUCGAGUUUUGGGUGAAUCACUCAAAUGCAACUAUCAGAAUUGGAAAGUUUGGGAGAAUUUUAUGUUGGUUAGUGUUGAUACGGGGAAUUUUGAAGAUGCCAUAAAUUCAUAUAACCGUUUAAGCGAAUUGAAAGAUCGAUUUCUUGAUCUGGAAGUACUUUCGAUAGUCAUAACUGCCAUUUCUAAAGAUACACCUGAUGCUCAAGGAAGAUCAACACAAAGAUUAGUUAAAAAGGCAAAUACUUUACUUGGCCAUCAGUGUGUUAAACAUGGAGCUGAAGCUAGAUUGUGGGAGUUAUCUGCUUUAUUGGCUGCUACACCACUAAAUAAGGCUCAAAAACUACAAAGAGCCUAUCGAGCUUAUACACAAAAAGAACUCGCUUGGGCAAGUAAACAACCAUCUUCGAUGAAAGUCUUGCAAUUGUGUAAGGAUUUGAGUGAAUAUAGUUUGGAAGCUGUUAAUAAUCAUGAAGAUUCUGAAAAGACAAGUGUUAACUCGCAAUUGUCAUCGGCUCGAUUAAGUGCGCAGGCGUGUAUACGAGCAGUGGAAAAGGAUAUGGAGAAGUGGGAUGAAAAUGAAAAGGUUUUAGCAGAGCUGAAAGAGCUGUUAGAGAAAUUAACAGAGACUCUCAAAGAGAGAAUGAAGUAGAGGAGUUA